AUGGAUUUCUCGAAUCUUGACGACUGGGUUCCGGAAUGUCUUUUUCAAGACUGGAAGAAGCUCCAUGGUGAUGCAGAUCUUGAAAAGACACGCAAGGAGUUGGAGACAGCAGUACCAGAGCUUCACAAAAAACUUGAUGAGGGCAUGGACUGUGACAAAAUACCCAUUGAGCUGCGCAAAAAAGUUUCAAACAAGCAAUUUUUGAGAUCACAUCUUUGCAUGUUCAUUCAUCUGUCUCUCAUGAUAGGCCGAGGUGUCGACCCAGCUCGGCUUUUCAAGUAUAUGUAUGACCAAUGCAGCGAAGAAGACAAAUCCACGUUACUGGUGAUCGAACGUAUUGAGCUGGCGGAAUGUCAGGAGCUCAACGGGGAGCAUAUGAUUCGCCUUCAGUGCAAGCAUCGUGGAUCUAGUAUCAAGACCACUGGCCCACUUGAAAUCCUCAGUCGACUUGUUUAA